AUGCCCGACGCUGUUUGGUCGGCGAUUUUCCUUGUCAUAUUGGUUGCAAUCAACUUAGUCAGUGUGAAAUUGUAUGGAGAGCUUGAAUAUUGGUUUGCGAUGAUCAAAAUUUUGAUCGUGAUUGUUUUUAUAAUCAUCGCUAUUUGUAUCGCGGCUGGUGGUCUAGGUGGUCAAGUUCUUGGAUUCAAGUAUUGGAGGGACCCUGGCGCUUUUGUCGACGGCGGUGUCGGCUUGGUCAGCGUUUUACUUACAGCAGGCUUCUCUUUCCAAGGCACUGAGAUUGUUGGUAUUACCGCUGGCGAAGCACAGAAUCCAACAAAAACGGUUCCGCGCGCAAUCCGCAAUACCUUUUGGCGCAUAGUGUUUUUUUACAUUGUUACCAUCUUCCUAUUGGGUCUAUGCUUACCUAGCGAUAACCCUGAUCUAGCAAACACUGAUGACUCUGCAGCUACUGCCUCAUUUACUCUUGUAUUCGAACUAGCAGGCAUCGAAGUGGCUAGCCAUGUGAUAAACGCGGUAACUUUGACGAGCGUUUUAUCUGCCGGUAACUCUGGUAUCUAUACCUGUUCACGAACUUUACUGGGCCUAGCACAUGACGGGAACGCACCUGCAUUUUUCUCGACAACCAAUCGGUUUGGUGCACCCUACUGGGCGGUCUUGUUUUCAUCCAGCGUUGGAUUUGCAUGCGUAUUUGCGUCAAUAUAUAGUGCUUCUGCUGCAUUCAAUUGGUUCUUAAGUAUUACAGCAGUUACUGGGUUCAUCAGCUGGUGGGGUAUUGCUGUCAUCCACAUGCGAUUUCGUCGUGCUUAUAAGCAUCAAGGGCGUGAUUUGAAGGAUCUACCUUAUAAAACGUUUUUGUUCCCCAUCCCGUCGCUGUUUGCAUGCGUUUUAUGUAUUUUGAUCAUCCUUGGUCAAGGUUACACGGCAUUCACUCCUCACUUUGAUGGUGUACUAUUUGCUACUAAUUACAUUGGUAUCGUUCCUGCUGUUGUUGCUUACGUUGCAUACAAACUUAUUCGACGCACACGUGUUGUAUCUUUGGAUGACAUUGACUUCGAUACGGGCCGUGUCACGCAAGCUGAGAUUGUUGCGGAGGACGAACACGAGAAGAAUCUACCAUGGUACAAAAAGGCUCUCAAUAUCAUAGCAUAA